GUGCGACGUGCUGGAUGGAAACGAGCGAGCCACUUUACUAGCCGCACAGAUUUGACAGCAGCAUCUCGGUGUCGCUGUUUAAUGAAUUAUCUUAUGUUUAUAUCAAGAUAUCAACUAGCCUGUGUCUCAUAGCUGCAGCAUCUCCUCUUUAAAUUGAAGUCUAUCGCCUACAAAUCUUUCCGGCGCAGCUUGGAGCUGCUACUGACUCAACGUCCAUUAGCAUCGCUGACGGAGUUAGCGGAUAUUCGUUCGUUAGUGACGGAAGUAUGAGUUAUGGAUAUGGUGGUGGUGGUGGAAGAAGAGGAGGAGGAGGAGGAGGAGGAGGAAGAGGAGGUCGAGGGCACAGAGACGGAAGCAGAGAAAGAUGGGACAGAGGAGGAGAUGGAGGAGGAGGAGCUGGAAGAGGAGGUCGAGGGCACAGAGACGGAAGCAGAGAAAGAUGGGGCAGAGGAGGAGAUGGAGAUGGAGGAGGAGGAGGAGGAGGUGGAAGAGGCUCCAGAGGAGGAGGAAGAGGUGGAAGAGGCUCCAGAGGACCCGGUUCCGACUUUGACCAGGGCGGUGGAGCCGGUGGAGCCGGUGGACCACGGGACGGUCCUCCUCCGCACCUGAAGGGCCGGGAGAUUGGGAUGUGGUACGCGAGAUACGGAGCCGUGAGGAGGAAACAGGCGGACAGGAGAUCGCGGGCGGUGGUCCAGAUGGACGAGGCCAGAGAACAGCACAUUACCAAGCUGCUGAAUUCUGUCCAGAAUGACCACGCUCGUCCAGACAGAGACCGCUGGGAAGCAAGACCCUCUACGUCUGACAAUUGGCAGACGGAUGCAGAUAGAGGUGGUCACAGUUACUUUGACGGAGAUUUGCCCGAAGAGAAAAAGCAACAGAUCAAAUCUGAAGAAGAGGAGGAAGAAGUUAGUUCGGGCCAGAAGAAAGCAGCUCACAAAUCAAAUCGUUACUUCACUCCAUCAGUUGUUAAAGAUGAACUGCCAGACAAUUGGGAUGAAGAGGAUCCGCAGGAGGAGGAGAGAGAGAAACUGAGACGCACAGACAAGGAUCUAGAGUUUUUAUUCCAGGAUGUAGUUAGAGAUGGUUCACUGGACGAUGACUUGAUGAGAGAUCUGCAGAGCAAGAAAUCAAAUCCCAAGUACAAAGAAAUGCUGAAAUUCAGGGAAAAACUACCAUCUUAUCGGAAAAAAGAGGAGCUGGUGGAACUGAUCAACUCCAACAGUGUCCUGGUUGUGAGUGGGGAGACCGGGUGUGGAAAGACCACUCAGGUCACCCAAUUCAUCCUGGACGACUACAUCAAUAGAGGCGUGGGCUCGAUGUGCCGCGUGGUGUGUACGCAGCCCCGUCGCAUCAGUGCCAUCUCAGUAGCAGAGCGUGUAGCAGCAGAGAGGGCAGAAAGUGUCGGGAAUGGAAAUUCCUGUGGUUACCAAAUUCGCCUACAGAGCCGGUUACCACGGAGACAAGGUUCGGUCCUGUACUGUACAACAGGAAUUAUUCUUCAGUGGCUUCGCUCAGACACAAUGUUGUCCAGUAUCAGUCACCUGGUGUUGGACGAGAUCCACGAGAGGAACCUGCAGUCGGACGUUUUGCUCAUCAUUGUGAAGAACCUACUUGCCCUCCGGGACGAUCUCAAGGUCAUCCUCAUGAGUGCCACGCUCAAUGCAGAGAAGUUUUCCAAAUAUUUUGACAACUGUCCAAUGAUCCACAUCCCUGGUUCGACUUUCCCAGUGGAAGAAUUCCUACUUGAGGACAUUAUAGAGUUGACCAGGUAUCGUCCCCAGAAUCAGGACUGUCGUCCCUCAUGGAAGAGAGGCUUUUGGCAGGGACAGAACUCCAGACCUGAGAAGGAGGAGAAAGAGGCCGAAUACAAAGAUAGUUGGCCUUGUUACGAACGCACACUGCAGGACAGAUACUCUGACGACACCAUUUCGGCUGUGGAGAUGUUGGACAGCAAUGACAAAAUUGACCUGGAGCUGAUCCUGGCACUGAUCCGUCAUAUUGUGCUCCAAGAGGAGGAAGGAGCAAUCUUGGUGUUCCUCCCCGGCUGGGACAACAUCAGCGGCCUCAAUGACCUGCUCACGGCUCAGCAAAUGUUCCGAUCAGAUCGGUUCGUCAUCAUCCCCUUGCACUCCCUCAUGCCGACCGUAAAUCAGACGCAGGUGUUCAAAAGGCCUCCUCCCGGAGUUAGAAAGAUUGUGAUUGCUACCAAUAUAGCCGAGACCAGCAUCACCAUAGAGGAUGUCGUAUAUGUGAUAGAUGGGGGAAAGAUUAAGGAGACCAACUUUGACACCAACAACAACAUCAGCACGAUGACUGCCGAGUGGGUCAGCCUUGCCAACGCCAAACAGAGGAAAGGACGCGCUGGCAGAGUGCGCCCAGGGAAGUGCUAUCAUCUGUACAAUGGUCUCAGGGCAAGCCUGUUGGACGCCUAUCAAUUACCCGAAAUUAUGAGGACACCCCUGGAGGAGCUCUGCCUGCAGAUUAAGAUAUUGAAGCUUGGGUCUAUAGCUAGAUUCCUGGAGAAAGCCCUGGACCCUCCCACUGAAAAGGGCAUCAGUCUAGCCAUCAAGAACCUCACAGACUUGAAUGCCCUGGACCAUUCAGAGAAUCUGACGGCGCUGGGUUUCCACCUGGCUCGUCUGCCUGUGGAGCCACACAUUGGCAAACUGAUCCUGUUUGGAGCUCUGCUGGGCUGCCUCGACCCCGUACUUACCAUUGCUGCUUCACUCAGCUUCAAAGACCCUUUCUUCAUACCCCUGGGGAAAGAGAAGAUGGCCGACAUGAGGAGAAAGACCCUGUCCAGAAACUCCAAGAGUGACCACCUCACCAUUGUCAAUGCCUUCCAGGGCUGGGAGGAGGCGAAGCGGCGUGGCGCGAGGUAUGAGAAGGAGUACUGCUGGGACAACUUCCUGUCGGCCAAUACACUCCAGAUGCUGCACAACAUGAAGGGUCAGUUUGCCGAACAUUUAAUGCGUACAGGCUUUGUGAGCAGCAAGGACCCCAGAGACCCAAAAUCUAAUGUCAACUCAGACAAUGAGAAGUUAAUCAAAGCAGUGAUCGUCGCAGGCCUGUACCCGAAGGUGGCCACGAUCAAACCGUCUCACAGCAAAAAGAGGCCGGGUGUCAAAGUUUACACCCAGGCUGAUGGAAAGGUGUGUAUCCACCCGAAAUCUGUCAACGCUGAAGAGACGGAGUUCAACUACACAUGGCUCAUCUACCACCUCAAGAUGAGAACGAGCAGUAUCUUCCUGUACGACUGCACCGAAGUGUCCCCGUUCUCACUGCUGUUUUUCGGAGGAGACAUCACCAUUCAGAAGGACGAGGGCCAAGAGACCAUCGCGGUGGACAAGUGGAUUGUCUUCAGAUCCCCAGCACGCAUCGCUCACCUUGUCAAGAGUUUAAAGAAAGAGUUGGACUCUCUGCUGGAGGAGAAAAUCCGUAACCCGGCGCCUGUGGACUGGGAAAACCGUCAGUCCAAAGACUGUGCCGUCAUCACUGCCAUCAUUGAUCUCAUCACCACCCAGGAGAAGCCUACAGGCAACACUCAAGGCCAUGGCAGACCGUGGGCGUCGUCGUCUGCCCAAAGAGGCCAACACGUUUACCUCAAUGAUGACGAUAAUGACGACGAUGAUUGGAAGUAGCCAGCUAUGAAUAGAGGAGAAAAUGACUGACUGCAUCCCUGGACAUGGAGGCUGGUUGGGAUAUUUAUAAUAACCAGCUGACCUUCUUAAUGUUGCAGGUUAGUUGAAAUGAAAGUGCUCUGUGGGCGCUCCUGAAGGCCACACGCAGGAGUGCCACGAGUACUGGAGGAUGGCAUGCACGUGAAUGAUUCCUAGUCUUAGUUCUUAUGCCUAUUUGGUCAUUAUCUUCCAAGGACCAAUCCGUGUUCAAACUGUUUUGUUUAUUGUUUAGUCACUACACUUUUUGUUUGGAUAAAUCACAUCAAUAAAUGUCAGUUAAUGGCCUGAGGAAUAAAAAAAAUAUUGUACCGUAA